CUCAUUGGGGGCCUAUGUGGUCGUCUUGGGGCGGCAAUCUGAAGGUAGCAGUUGGGCUCUAAGACGCCCCGACAUCAUUCCGUGCCCAUUUUGGCUCAAGCUGGUCAGGCCUUGUUCGCGACCAUCGUGAACGAUCGUGCGCGCAGAGAGCCGUCGCCCCAAACACCUCCCGCCAUGGCGAAGGCCGCUUUCCUGCUGUUGGUUGCCGCCUCCCUCCUGAGUGUAGGCGCCUCGGCGCCGCACGGGCGCCUCGCUUGGGGGGGGGGGCAGGUCCACCGGCGGCUGUCGGAAUCCAUUACGGACGCAUGCUUGGACGUGUGCCCAGGAUUAUCAGAUUUCCUGGCCGCCGUUGACUCGUCUGCAGAGCCUUAUAUAACUCCGUCGAAUUGGUCGAAUUGGUAUCAACCUUACAAGACGAUGAUUGACAUCUAUUGUGACUACGAGAGUGCGGUUCAGUGCUUCGUAGACGAGCUGUCCACGUGCAGCAAUUCCUCAGCAGCAUGGGGCAUUAUCCUCAUGGCCCCCAAGCUGAAGUGCAUCUGUGGCACGUGCCCUGGCGGCGAGACCGCGUGGGCCAAAUUUUUGGCGUUAGCCAGCGGAUUUCGUCCGAAUGACCCGGGGAUGGUGGACACAACCACUUUGGCAGAUGGCACUGACACAGCCGGGGCCGACGAUGGCAAUUUCGACAGAGAUUCAUCGUGCGCCGUUUACACUGUCUUUUUCUGCGCCAACGAGUAUGCGACGGACUGCGGCGCCACUCUUGACGGGUUGAACGAGGACGCCGGAGCCAUUCUUCAGGAGUGGAACGUGAAGUUCUUCGAACUCGAAUCGGAGUGCACGGUGGACGUGGUCGGAAGUUGUGGCCCGUUCGGCCUGGGGUGGAUCGCCGCGUCGCUGGCCCCAGUGAUGGCGGCGCUUGAGUUCGUGGCGGCCUGAUGCUGCCCCCCCAGACCCCCUCGCGUCGUGAAGCUAUCACGACGGAGUGUUCUUCUUCAUUUGCUUGUUCCGUGCCGCGCUCGGCCCGAUUCGGGGCGGCGUGGGAGCAGGAAGACCUCCUCCUGCGCCGCCGGCAGUGGUCCCAGGCCCUGCACCUUUCCAAGCGUGCUGCCGCUCGCGGGCGGGCAGGCGCCGCUUUUUUGCGACGCGUCGGGUCAGUUGCGAGGGCGCUGGCCUGGCACAGGAUGGCGCGGGACAACAAUUACUCGCUGGGUGAAGCUCCCCGUACGUGAAUCUAUCAGCAUCGACCUGUCCGCCGUGGGUGUCUAGUCGCAAGAGUUUUCGGGUGUAAGCGGGCUCGAGUAGUGGCGGUCCGGGAGUGAAUCUAACUGUGAA